CGUCGUUGUCAGGUGCUCCGGCCACGUUCGCAAUCGCCAGGAGUCUGCCGACGACCGAUUGUCGCGGAUCGAGGCGCGAGUGUCGUCGCGGACGAAAGAUACUUGGACAUCCUGCUGCGAUCCGAACUCUGCGCGUCGUACCGCGCGCGCGAGAAUGCGACCAUGAAGAUACCGCGGCGGGCGCGAGACGCGCCGACGAGGUAGCAGCUCCGCGAGAACUACCACCGCUGGCUGUCUCGCGGGAUCCUCUCGGUUUACCUCCCGGGACGCCGAACAUUCCUCUCGUUCGAGAGGGAAAAAGCGGCUAGAUCGAUAGGCCAGCUGGUGUGCGUGGCCAGCGUUUUCACCAACGAGUACGGUGUCGCUGCGCGGGGUGCGGUCCAGGAUGGUGAAGGCACCGAGCUUGGGAUCCACCGCGGGCCCGGCGGGCAUGAGGAGGAUCCACCCGGGCCCCGAGAUCGCCAUAAAUCCGAGAAACUUACCCACGGUCUCCGCGAACCUAACGCCCAUGCGGGGUGAUGCCAAUGCUGUCGGCAGGACGACACCAGUCUAUCAUCCUCAGAUUGCUGAUCCGCGUGUCAAUCAACAUCUCCCAACUCCCGAGAGAUACCGUAAUGCCGGCUGUUUGCGACAGGUGGACGUCUCCACGCAGGUAGACCUCCACGGAGGUUUUGGCGGUCCCAUGAACGUCGAUUGGGAUCGUCGCGCGACGCCGUUGUAUUCGCGCGAAGACAUCAAGGAACAGUACUGCAUCACCAAUCGGCAGCUAGACGCCGUCGAGAAGUCCGGUGGCGGUUUUUUCGGUUGUCUGUCGACGAGAGGCCCGUCGCCGUGCAGCUCCACCAGGAACUCCAUCCUAUCGGCGUGCGUGCGUAGCGCGCCCAGCGACGAGAACUUGAGCGACGCGCCUUAUCCACGAAGACCUCUUCAGAUCAUGUAUCGCCAACCGCGCGGCUACGUCUUCGAGGACGAGGCGGACUGGAUCGACAGUUCCUACUUUAGGCCGCGCCCUAAGUUUUGCACCGUGCCCGAUCCGAAGAGAUAUACAUGGGUGCCGGAAGACGAGGAGUCCAUGAAGUUGGAGGGACCGCGACCGGUGCUACCAACCGUGCCUCCCAGUGCGAUGACCACGGCGACGCAAGGGCCACAGCCUCCGAAGACGAAGCACGUGAGCUUCGCGAGGUCACACACGCUUACGUCGUUCGACGUUCCGAGGAGCAGAAGUCCUCCGGAACGUCUUAUAGACUCGCAGCCAACAAUGCAGAACACUAUACUGCCUUUGUCCUUGCCCUUGGUGCAUCCUUACCCUGGCGUCGAGCCACGUAUUCUUUUGCUCGAGCAACCACCGAAGCGAGGCGCGAUGAAGACACAGGCGACGCAGACAGAGAUCCCGGCGAUGUUUCGCGGCCGUGUACAUCCGGUGACACUCAGCCCCAGGACCAUACAUCGUGUCAAGAUGGUUUCGCAGGGCGCGCAGACGAACGGCGUGUUCAAUGGCAGAAAAUUGACGAAAAGUUACUCGGAAGCUGGACAAUUAGGCACGCCACUCGGCCAAGUUGGCGCGCCUACCAAAGAGGAAACCGAGCACGAGCCGCUCCAUAGAACCCAAAGUGAGGAGCCACCGAGGUCGCCCUUUCUUGUCUCAACGACACCACCUCCAUUGCUUCCUUCCACCACCAUCACCACCAUCACCACCACUGUUGUCGUUGAAGCCUUGCCAAAUGGGGAUAUCAUAGUUCCUUCCGUCAACGUUCCACUGGAGCAUCGUAAAUCUUUUGAUCUAGACGACCAGGAGAUCUUCAUAAAUUUCAAGCCGGCUCCAGUGUCGCCAGAUGCUCGGGCGCUCCUCAGCCGGAUUUCCGAGCCCACCCGCAGGUUCCUUCCUCUCCAGAAGACCUUCUCCGACGGCGAGAUCCGCGUCGAGAGACGCGAACUCAUCGGGGAGACCGGCGAGCCAAGUUACCCUCACACCUGCAGAAGGAAUCACCAAGAUCCUUGGGGCAGAACUGUCAGAGCACCCGUCCAAUUUUCCUCGACACCUGAGGAUCUGUCCUUGCUACGAAUCGCCUCGCCCCAUGAGGAUCAUCAUGAAGAGGAGUUCCAUGAGAAUCUGAUACGUCGCGGUCUUUUUCGGAAAAGAAGCGUGUCGCUCGAGGAUGGUGUGCAGGGUCUAUCGUCGGACGACUUUAUGCUUCCUAGGUCACUUCCAACUUCGCCCACGUCGCCGACCGCAACGGCAGCGCCACGCAGAAUCUCGCAGAGCCCGAAGGGCGACUCGCCGAGCCGUGCGUUGCUGCACACCACGUUCUGUCCAGUCGCAUUCAGCGCUGGGACCGGCAUAGCCGGCACCAGUAUCAUUGGCCAACUGACUUCUCCGUUCGCAUCGAGCGAUUCCCUGACGAACGACGUGACGAGGGACCACAGCGAUGGGAUAUGGAACGAGUCGCAAGCGACGGUACUCCAAGCUGACUCGUUGGCUUUAUUGACCCCGUCCUCAAGGAGGAGGCAUUUGUUACUGUUGCAACAUCAGCAACGUUCCUCAAUGGAUACCGAGGCGUUGGAUGUGGAGGACGAAGUGGAGCCUUGCCCACCGAGUCCGAGGAUACGUUUGGAACCUGCCACUCCGGUACAGCCCCUCACGCCGAGACGCGCAUACAGAAUACAAGAUCUGUUACCGCCCGAGUUUCAGCAAAUUUACUACAAUGAUGUAUCCGCAACAGCACGUUUUUACGCGUACGAUAUUAUCGAAUCGUCCAUUUCCGCGAGCAACGGUCGCCCGAGAAGCGGAUUACGCCGCGCGAGCCCAGGCCCACCACUGUCUCAGCCCCAGUCACAGUCGUCGAGUGAGUUCGGUUUGAGUCUGGCGAGAACUGACUCGGGCCGCACAAACACCGAUCUCUCCGAGACCUCCGAAGAUUAUGUCACUGCCAAUACUUCUACGGAAACCGGGACCACCACAGGUACGUCCGCCACGACCAGCUCUUGGUCGAGACCACCGCAGACGUCCAGCGCCGCGGCAUCGGCACCUGCUUCAACCACCGCGACCGCCGCGGAAGGCAGCUCCUUCGAAAGUGCCAGCUCAAUCUACAGCUUGGCGAGGAGUGAGGCCGUGGUCGAGGAGCCGUGUAGUCCGCCGCCAAUCUUAGAGGAAGCGGAAAUCGCGUUCGGGCUGGAGAUACCUCCGUCGUCGAUGAGGUCCAGCAGCAGUAGCAGCUCAGGUAGCUAUGACCUGAAGGACGCGAUGGCUGAUCCUAAUCAUCCUAAUCAUGAGUUGGAACAAGUUGCUCCACCCAGUGGGCACACCUCGGAGACUGAAUUGGAUCGAGAUGAGGGUCACCGAUCGUCGUCCGGGGGUUACGCCGAGUCGCCACCCGACGUUCGCAUGUGGAGCGAGGAAGAGCGGCGUCGCAAGAAGAAAACCUUCAGUCUGGACUUCCUCGGAACUACCAACAACGUUGAAACGGAACACAGUGUGGAGCCAGUGUAUCCUGAGAAAGUGGAAGUCAGUCCGACACCUAGCCAUCGUCACCGAUCGAGGAGCAAGCCAGCGUCCGCUCGAAGUCCUCACCGAAACAACAGGAAACGAGAGACGGCGACGCAACAAUCGACGCAGCUGCAGCAACAGCAGCAGCAGCAGCAGCAGCAGCAGCAGCAGCAGCAGCAGCAGCAGCAGCAGCAGCAGCAGCAGCAACAAGCGCUCAGCCACAGUCCUCAGAAAGAGGAAUGGAAAGUGGAGCAGGCCGAGGAUGGUCCACACGCACCGACAUCCGACGACUCGAGCUGCAGUCAUCAUUACCACAUGCAUCAUCAUCACCAUCAUCACAUGCACCGAGAAGGUGCAGAGAGCGGCAGGCAUCGUCGCACCAGGGAGAGUCCACGGAGGAAGACCAGCGGUUACCUCUCCACCAGGAGACGUAGCAACGAGACUAUUCGCUCGAUAUCCGGUGAUCGUGCUGUGCAGGACAAGAACGCAGCGAUAACUGGCAGUUUGCCACGAAGAAGAUCUCGUCUCGCGGACGAUAUCGUUUGCUCCAGUCGCCUGAGUCCCGGUCGUUAUCAGCGUAGUCCGGGCCACAACGGUCAGCGCGCGAUUGUCAUGGAGGCGCAGAGUCCGGAGGCGAGAUUGAAAGCUUUGUCGGCGGAGUCCUUGAGGUCCGUCAGUCCGGGCAGCGACAGUGUGUUCUACAGCGAGAGCGCUGAUCAGCCUUGCGUCGCUGUCGCCGCUUUGGACGCCGCGCAUUGCCAUCAUUGCGGCAGAGAGGUGUCGGAAGAGAUCGUUCGACCACCGGCAGGUUUCGCGGACUCCCCGGAGGGACACAGGGCGUCCUCCUCCAAACACGUCACAGGGCACCGGCUGUACAAGAAAUUCGACAAGAGGUAUAGGUCGGAAGAUCGCGGCGACAGAAGGCACCGUCGCAGCAGCGCCGGCAGAUCGGACAUCCGGGCCAAAUCGGAGGAAAGAGCCACCCCCCGACCAGGAAGCAGAGGUUCGAUCGAUGACACCGCCAGUGGCAGGAAGAGACUGCAAGCUCGAAGUACCGACGCCAGCAUGGAGAUUCUCACAGGGAGGGAAGACGAGGAUACUUAUGUGGAGCCGUACACGAGCAGCGAGUGGAUUUACAUCGGUGAUCUCGAAGAGAGUCACGUGUGGAGGAGACCAGACAGCAGGGACGAUGACGACGACAUUACGGAGAUUGGCGGUAAGGAACGACGGGACUCUCAGGAAUCCACGGAGAGCGAGAAAAAUUUUAAGAAAAGAUAUCAAGCGGCCACGCACAGGAUGGUGCAUCGGAAAAGCAGCGGCGAGAUGUACAAGAGGAUACAGACCAAAUGUUUCGAGAGCGACAAGAGGGUGAUCGUGAAACGAGAAGCUGGCGGUGAAUUCGGAUUCCGCAUUCAUGGUUCCAAGCCGGUGGUUGUUUCCGCGAUCGAGCCAGACACGCCUGCGGAGAGCUCCGGACUCGAGGUUGGCGACAUCAUCAUGUCGGUGAACGGCAGAAGCGUCAUGGACGCCACGCACUCGGAGGUCGUGAGACUAGCGCACUCCGGCACGGACGUCCUGGAGCUGGAAGUGGCGAGGACUUGCAACGUGCUGGCGCCGCGCGUCACGCGCGCAGGAGCGAAGGAGAGCGCGGAAGAGGCGCCCCUUUGCUCCGGCUAUUUGUGGAGAAGGUCCGCCACGUCCAGCGUGGAGAAGUGGGUACGCAGGUGGUUCGCUCUUCGUCGUGACAACUGCCUGUACUGCUAUAAGACUGAUUCGGACUCGCAACCGGUAGGAGCGGUGAUGCUCCUCAAGUACGACGUGGAGCAGACGCCUGAAUUGAGAGUAAAUAGUUUCGCGAUAAAGAAACAAGGUGCACCGACCCUGCGACUGGCGGGCGAUACUGAAGAUGCGGUAGCUCGGUGGAUCACGGUUAUACGCGAAGCCGUGGAGAGGAAUAAUCAGAUCGACACUUGGCUGGACGCUUCGAUGAGGAUGAGGGAGAUGGCCGCGUGCGCUAUUCAGAGGCCAGACUGUUUCGGUUACUUGAGCAAGCAGCAGGAACACGCACGGAAGACUUCCUCGCCCACCGGCUGGUCCCGGCGAUACUGCGUGCUGAAGGACGCCGCGCUUUACUUCUACGACGACGCCAACGCCGAGAAGGCGUUCGGCGUGGCGUGUCUGCACGGCUUCAGGGUGCACAGCAGUGCGCCGAGUUCCGGUGGCAGGAAACACGCUUUCGAGCUGCAACCGCCGGAUCCCACGCAGAGAAGCUAUAUCUUCGCUACCGAGUCGGAGAUGGAUAAGAAACGGUGGUUGGCAGCCCUCGAAUACUCGAUCGAUCGAUGGAUAAAGAUAGGUUGAUGCGAAACAAUCCGCCCUACGAUGAAUCCAACGAGUCGCACUAGCGAAGAUCGUCCAAGGAAACCCUCGUCCGUACCCGUUUCCGGUUCCUAGCCGCGAAUCGUCCGCGACGGUCGGACAAUCGUCGCUCCGUCACCCGGAUAACCGCACCACUCGUGGAUGUCGCCAAAACAUUAUCAUUUCAACGACAUUAUUGAGUCUCAUCGUCAUGAUCAUCAUUGUAGCUGCUGAUUAACAGUGACGCUGAGUCCAAGUUGUUCACAAAUAAAAGUCAACGCUGAAAACGCUGCUAACUUGUGUCCCAUUUUCACGCAUUUCACGACUAUCGUCAUUGUCGUCGUCGUCGUCAUGUCGUCGGAAUUGUUUAUCAGCAGUAGUGGAAUUCCAUCGCGCACAGUCAUUCGACAAGCAGAGUCAGUCGGAACGGCACUCAGAUAAAGAUCCAAAAUGAUGAUAGCGACUAUCCUGAGAAACAAAUAUUUUUCAAUACUUGAAAAGGUAUUUCUGGGACACAAAGCUUACUUCUGAGAAACAAAAUUUAUUUCUGUGAAAUAAACUUUAUUUCUGUGAAAUAAACUUUAAAUAUCACAAGUAAAUUUUCAAGUAAUUCUCUCUCAGGGUAUGACAGGUGACAAAUAUGUAAAUUUUGUAUAUAGAAUCAAUGCACACAAUUCAAUAAACUCUAUGUUGCAGUUGUUACAACUAAAGCUAAAUGACCAGGAGAACUAUAUGUAUAGUUCUCGUAAUUGUUCAGCUUUAUUCGCAGCAAGUACAAAGCAGUUCAUUAAACUGUAUAUAUUAAUUCUACAUAUUCUAUUCUUAGCAUGUAAACUGAAAUAACAAAAUACAUACAUAUAUACAUUGAUUAUACAUACAAAACUCAUGAUAUAGUUGUCAGCUAUAUAGUUACCACCGUCAUGUAUUUUUCUCUGAGUUUGGCUCUCGCGAGACCAGAACCUCCCGAGAUCGUGACGCUUUCAAUUUCGUAAACUCUUGAGACUUUUGAACCUUGCAACUCGUUACUCGUACGCGUGUCAAGCUUUCAGUCCCAUUCAACCCCAUCCCUCAUGCACUCAUCGCACACUUCAUCGACGACACAAUGCUCCACGAACUCUGAUCAAAAAGUGGUUGUGCGAACUAACUAACGAAUAAUUGCGAACUCGGAUCCUAUUAAUAUAUCACAACGCGAUCUAUUCACGACGAUUCUCAGCGCGAAGCGCAAGAAGUCGCCAAGUCGUUUGUCGCUGAAACUCUAUACGCACACGAAGACGAUUCUGCAGCCGGCGGGAUUGUCUUUAAGAGCGAGACGAUGUUCAUCUCAAAGACGUUUAACCGUGACGGCGGCGAGCGUUAGGGAAGGGAGAGAGAGAGACAUUUCGUGCGAAACGCGUACGUGUAUGCGGUAGCCAAUAGUAAUGCGUACGCGGCACAUGUGCAUGUGGAAUUGCCGUUUAACUGUAUCGCUGAUUCUUACUAAAAGCCAAACAUUUGUAAGGAAUUUCGAAUACCGCGCGAUUCAGCCGCGACAGAGCGGCCCGAGCGAGUCGAUUGCGUGCGUGUCUGCAUGCGUGCGUGCUGUAGGUUGUGAGUAAACUCGUAUAUGCGUCACCUGUGCAGUAGUACAUACGAAAAUACCAAAAAUAUCUGGGUGUCUGUCAAAAAUCGUGUCGCAUUCUUGCGCGAGGAGAUGCCGGCGUUGUAGAGGUUGAAAUAAUCCUACACAUCAGGUUCGGACCGAUCCUGUCCGCUUCUACUGGCAUAUACGGGGUGUCCCGGAAUUAUUCCGUACAUAUUUUACGGAAAGUCGAUGCAGAAAGGACGAUGGAUGAAAUGGGUCGAUUUUUGCUUAAAAAGCGUAACGCAAGUUAUACAUGCGAUUUUACUGUUUCUGGGUCGCUGUAUACGACGCAUUUUUAUCCGUCUAAAACCGUCUUUAGAUAGAUUAAAAUCUUAUGUAUUUAGCGAACAUAUAAGAUUACGUAUAACUUACGUGAUGAAGUGCAACUUGCAUUGCAUUUUUUUAAGCGAAAAUCGGCUCAUUUUAUCUAUCGUCCUUUGUUCUUGAAUGAAUUUUAAGGCUCCUCAGAGAGCACAGUCUAUUAAAAAAUAUUUGGGUCCUCAUUUUUCGAGAGAAUUUCAAUCAAGCGUUUAAGCAGCAAGACUUUCUCCAUCAUGCAGAUUCUAUUCAAUGUUGUAGGCACGUGAGAUCAUCGUUGAAGUAUGUAUAAUGUGUAAUUUGGGGACACCUAAUCAUAUUUUGAGGAACUUCUCAUUUUGGAACUUCUUUCGGGUUAUAUACAUAUAUAUAUAUAUAUAUAUAUAUAUAUAUAUAUAUAUAUACAUAUAUAUAUAUAUAUAUAUAUAUGUAUGUAUGUAUAUAUAUAUCUUUAUGGCACACACAAAUUAUACAAACCCAUUCCCCUUUUACGUAAGUUUUUAUCGUAUCGCGCGUUACUCGUGCGCUGAUUAAGAAAAGUCGCCGGGAACGAGUCGACGGGAAAUGACAGCGGGAUGACGGCGCUAGAUUCGCGAUUCGUGUCGCAGGCGCGAUCCUGCGCGCGGAGAAAAGUCGGCGAGUGUAGGAUCGAGAGGACGAGAUGAAGCGCGCGCGAUCGUCGCGACGGCGCGGCGCUGAAUUUAACGGCGUUUUCGACGAGCGCGAUCGCCGCAAAUACGAAGGGAAACAGAAAAACAGGAAGAAGAUGCAGGCGCGAAGAACAAGGCAUACCAACGGUAUCGUCGUUAGGAAGUACAUUGUUUCACGGUCGACGCGUCGGUUUUAUUAGAGAGCGACGCGCGCGUUCGAAACGCAAAUUUGUGUGUAAAUCGAAAGGAGCCUGGUGAAACGCUCAAGAAGAAAAUUUCAGAUAAUAAAAUAGAAGGUUUAAUACAAUUUUA